GGUAUAGUUACAAUAUGGCCGUCGUUUGUUGAAGGAAGUUAGCACUGGGACUUUAUGUUUAGAACUUGAGUUUAGAUAUUUCCAAUAAUGGACAAUAUAGGCACACUUGAACUAGCGUGGUCUCAAGGCUAUAAUGGAGGCCAGGUAUACUAUGUGGAUUCUGAUGUCUUGUGUUAUCAGUGUGGUCGUAACAUUAAAAUGGUGGCAGAAGAUGGAGUUGAGACAGUCUUUGCAUUUAAAGGAAGAGGAAUUGGUCCCAUCACAGUCCAUAAAAUCAACAAACAUAUUGCUAUAGCUGAACAAUGUUUGAAUCCUAAAAUAUACAUCUAUUCAUACCCCACAUUUAGAGAACAUGUUGUCAUUGAAGACGCAGCUCAAUUGGAAUAUCAGAAACUGGUAUUUUCAAGCAGUGAAUAUAUGGCUGGGUUAUCUGGUUUACCAGAUUUUGAACUUAUCUUAUGGAAUUAUGAGAAAGGAAUUAAGCUGUCAUCAGUUAAAGUUGGUUCGUCAUUACCCACAAGUUUUUCAUUUAAUCCGUGUAAUUGGAGAGAGAUCUGUCUAACUACCAGUGAUAGUAUUACAGUAUGGAUUACAGAACAAUCACAUGAUAAAUAUGUAAUGCAGCCACAGAACGUCAGAAUUCCAGUAGCAGAUCCCAACUGUGUUGAGGAUGACGAAAAAGACCAUGAUCGAGCACCAACCCGAGCCUCAACACGCAUGACACGUUACACAGUAGAAUUACCUAAAACAGCUGUAGCAGGUCUAGUUGGUGAUAAUACAACAUAUUUAGAACAUAUAGAAGAUACAACAGUUAGAUGUUCACCUGUAUCACAAGCUUGGACACCUAGUGGAGAUAUUUAUAUAGGCUGUGAUGGGGGACAAUUGAUUAAGGUAAAUGAUGAAGUGUUUAAAGCUCGAGUUAUUUAUUACCCACCUCAAAGAGCAGAAACACCACAUUCCCGAGCUUCUAGUGCUGUAGAACCAAGCAGUCGUAAAACAACACUAACAGACAUUCAACCUGUUGCUGAUGAUGUUGGUAAUUUGAUACUACAAGGUUGUUUAACAACUUUAACUUUACACAGAAAAGGUCUUUAUGCUGCUGGAGAGGAUGGAAUUUUACGAUUGAUAGAUAUAAAAGGAAAAGAGUUUCGUAUUUUAGAACAUUGUAAUAUUGGUGAAGAUGUAACCAGUCUUAGCUUCUCUCCUAAUUACACACAUUUAGUACUUGGGACUAGUACAGGAUCACUUCAUAUGUAUCAGCCUGGUGUUCCUGAUAGUCUAAAACUUCUAAAAAGAAGCCAUUUUGGUGAUUUUGUUGGUAUUGGUUGUCUAGCUCAAGCUUCAGAUUGUAUUAUUAGUGCAAGAGAAGAUGGAGAAAUACAAGGAUGGUCCUAUGAUAAAGGUUUAUUAAUGUCUUCAUUAUCUGUUAAAACACCGGUUGUUAGUUUAUCAUGUAGUCCUAUAUUACAGAUAUAA